UGCAUUUGUUGCACAAAUGUUAAUUCUUGAAUGCUCAUACCAAUGUGAUAAAAUCGCCUCUAAAUGCCAAUUAAUUGCUCUCUCUAGUCUCUACCCUUCUUUUUUCUAUAUAAACACUUAUUCAUUUCCUUCAACAAAUAUCCAAACCAACACAAAACAAUUGUACGUAUAUCUAGUUGAAGAAAAUGGCAACUCUUUCGCCUGAGGCUGUCGUCGCCAAGGAUCAGACAUCCGUCGAGGAGAAGGCGAAUGGCAAUGGCGUAGAACACAAGGUUUCUAAUGGGAUGAAUGGUGAAAAUGGAGCUAAUGGGGUGGCUCGUGACGACGAGCCGGCUAAGGAGAAUGGUGAAAAUGAGGAGAUGAUGAAGAUGGUUGGAAAAGAAGAAGAUGUGCAAAAGAAAGAAGAAGAAGUAGGAGUUGAGGUUGAAGCUAAGAGUGGAGUUGCUUUUCCGGUUAAGUUGGCUGAUGGGAAGCACCUUAUAAGUGUUGGCUUGAGGAAGAAAUCUAUGCUUGGCAUGGGAAUCAAGAUUUAUGCCUUUGGGAUGUACACAGACAAUGAGAAGCUGAAAGCAGUGAUGAAGUCAAAGAUAGGGAAAGCUCCAGCAAAGGCAACAAAGGAAAUGUAUGAGGCAGUGAUUGACAGUGAUUUGGAGAUGAUGGUGCGCUUGGUCAUUGUCUUUUCUAACCUCACCAUGAACAUGGUCAAGAGGAACUUUGAUGAAGGUUUAGGAGCUGCCAUUAAAAAACUUAAUGGUGGAAAGAAGAAUGAUGACCUUUCUAACAAGGUGAUGGGUGAAGCGUCGGAUAACAUAAAGCUAACAAGUGGAUCGGUGAUUGAGAUUUCCCACCUUCCUGGCUAUGUGCUCGAAACCAAAGUGAAGGGAGAAGUGGUUAGCAAAGUUGAGAGUGAGCUUCUGUGCAGGGCAUACUUGCAUAUGUAUCUUGGGGACGAUCCUUUCGACAAAGAUGCUAAAGAAAAAUUCGGAAUGUCUUUGCUUUCUCUUUUUUAGUUCACCACAUUUCAAUAAUGUCUAGGUUCAGUUCCUAGCAAAUUGCUCAAUAAUGGUGAGAUUGUUGUCAAUCCCCAUUUUAUGUUGCCCCAUGUUAUUCGCACAAUAUAUCGAAUUUGUUUUGUUC